UACUGUUCACAUGCUAAACUAUCUAUAAUGAACAUAGAAGCUGUCAUAUACUUAAUGGAACAAUAUAUAAAGUUAGCCUGUUUAGUCAAUUUCUCAGCUUAAUUUCCUGUGACGAUCCAACACAAAUUACAGACAAUUAAGCUAGAUUGUCAUUCAGAAUUCAGAAAGCAACCUUACAGUCCAACAAACUUGGACAAUUGUCUGUCCCCAAAAUGAAUGUUGAUCAUCAUCAUUCUAAAUAUCUUCAUUCAAUUAAAAUCAAAGAAGCCGCCGCAGCGACUACUACUGCUACUGCUACUGGUGGUGGUGGUGGUGCUGGUGCCGCGAGUUUUAAGGUGGGGAGAAGACGAAGAGUAAUGUCUCGAGAGGUUUCUAAUCUGAGUAAUUCUUCCGUGGAGGGUGGUGGUGAUUACCAUGCACAAGAACCCGCGGCUGUGCCCUUUGUGUGGGAAUCAAGUCCAGGUACUCCCAAGCGUCAUACUAUCAUGAGGCUGUCUGUUUCAAGAGAUGAUUCUCCAGAAUUGUCAUCAUCCUCGUCAACCAAAUCAUCAUCGCGGCCCUCUUCAUCAUCAUCAUCAUCACCAUCCUCGCAAUCGUGUUCUGUGGUGUCAACUCCUUCCCCUAUACAUAGGCACAAGUCAUCAUUUGAGUACGCGAGUGUACAACUAGAUGAGGGGGAAGAUGAUAUGGUGCGUAGUAGCGGUUCGCCUGUUUCUACUUUGUGCUUUAGUCGUCGCCUUUCUUGUUGUAAUGCCAGGUUUCGAGGUCUCUACUCAAAUUGGUUCUAGCUAGCUAGCUUAGAAGUUGAGUUUAUUAGUUUCUCAUUUCCAACCUUGGCUUCUAUGUUUUUGUGAUGGUUAAUUAGAUCCAAUGUUAUGUAAUUAACUAAGUUUACUAAAUGCAAAUAUUUCAUUGUCACUUAUACUACGGGAGUACAAGCUUCAAUUCAUUAGGGAUUGGAAAUGUAUAAUCAUUCUUAUUUUGGCCA